AUGCUUGGAACAAAAUCUGAUAUUUACUCACUUGGGGUCAUGCUUCUACAGCUAAUAACAGCCAAGCCACCAAUGGGGUUGACGCAUCAUGUCGAACGGGCUAUUGAGAUGGGGACUUUCGCUGAGAUGCUUGACCCUGCAGUCCCUGAUUGGCCUGUUGAGGAAGCCUUGAAGUUUGCCAAGCUGUGUUUACAGUGCGCUGAAAUGAGGCGAAAAGACAGACCGGAUCUUGCCAAGGUUGUGCUACCUGAACUUAACAGAUUGAGAGCACUUGCAGACGAGAGCUUGAAUUGUGUCAUGCAUGGUGCUGGUGGAGUAUUCUCCCCGAAACAACGCUCGAAUACCUCAAUACAAGUAAGUUGCAAGGAACUGCAUAACAUCCCAAAAUGUUCAUGCUAG